GCAGGCCCAGCAGCCCCGGGGCGGAUGGCUUGGGCCGCCCGGCUCCGCGGCGCGGCCACGCGCGCCCUCCUGCUCCCGCUGCUGCUGCUGCUGCUCCCGCCGCCGCCGCUGCUGGCCCGGGCCCCGCGGUCGCCGGAUGCCCACCGCCGCCACCCAGUGAGGAGGGGGCCGCAGCCCUGGCGUGAAGCUCCUCCCAGCAGCCCGGCACCUGCCCCGACUGCCCAGGAGGCCCCUCAGUCUGCCACCGGCCCCAGACCUCCCCGCUGCGGCGUGCCUGACCCGCCGGACGGGCCAAGCGCCCGCAACCGACAAAAGCGGUUUGUGCUGUCGGGCGGGCGCUGGGAGAAGACGGACCUCACCUACAGGAUCCUCCGGUUCCCAUGGCAGCUGGUGCGGGAACAGGUGCGGCAGACGGUGGCAGAGGCCCUACAGGUAUGGAGUGAUGUGACGCCACUCACCUUUACCGAGGUGCACGAGGGCCACGCUGACAUCAUAAUCGACUUCACCAGGUACUGGCAUGGGGACAACCUGCCGUUUGAUGGACCUGGGGGCAUCCUGGCCCACGCCUUCUUCCCCAAGACCCACCGAGAAGGGGAUGUCCACUUCGACUAUGACGAGACCUGGACAAUCGGGGACAACCAGGGAGCUCGGGGAUUGCUGGGCUAUCUCCCUUUUCCAGGCACAGACCUCCUGCAGGUGGCAGCCCACGAAUUUGGCCAUGUGCUAGGGCUGCAGCACACGACAGCUGCUAAGGCCCUCAUGUCCCCUUUCUACACCUUCCGAUACCCGCUGAGCCUCAGCCCGGAUGACCGCAGGGGCAUCCAGCACCUCUACGGCCGGCCUCGGCUAGCCCCCACCUCUAGGCCCCCAGACCUGGGCCCCGGGGCCGGGGUGGACACCAACGAGAUUGCACCUCUGGAGCCAGACGCCCCACCAGAUGCCUGCCAGGUCUCCUUUGAUGCAGUCGCCACCAUACGCGGCGAACUCUUCUUCUUCAAGGCAGGCUUUGUAUGGCGGCUGCGCGGGGGCCGGCUGCAGCCCGGCUACCCUGCGCUGGCCUCGCGCCACUGGCAGGGGCUGCCCACCUCCGUGGAUGCAGCCUUCGAGGAUGCCCAGGGCCACAUCUGGUUCUUCCAAGGAGCUCAAUACUGGGUAUACGAUGGUGAGAAGCCAGUCCUGGGCCCCGCACCCCUUUCUGAGCUGGGCCUGCUGGGGUCCCUGGUCCACGCCGCCCUGGUCUGGGGCCCCGAGAAGAACAAAAUCUACUUCUUCCGAGGCGGAGACUACUGGCGCUUCCACCCCAGCACCCGCCGUGUGGACAGCCCCGUGCCCCGCCGGGCCACCGACUGGCGAGGGGUGCCCUCUGAGAUCGACGCUGCCUUCCAGGAUGCUGACGGCUAUGCCUACUUCCUGCGAGGCCGCCUCUACUGGAAGUUUGACCCUGUGAAGGUGAAGGCCCUGGAGGGCUUCCCCCGCCUCGUGGGCCCUGACUUCUUUGGGUGUACCGAGCCUGCCAAUACUUUCCGCUAACCACGGCUUGGAUGUCCUCAGGGCCCUUAACCCCUGCCAGGACACUGACAUCGGCUGGAGACCAUGGCCAUCUUUGUGGUUGUGGGCACUGGGCGCGGCAUGGAGCUGUGCCUACUUGGGGGGGGGGGUGUGCACUGCCAU